AUGUUGAUGCGACUGUACACAUUCUUCGUUGCGGCUAUACUUGCCUGCUGUGUCGUAGCCGGACCAUUGCAUCCUGAGCUACCCCAGGUGGUGGGUAAAUCAUGGAUUCCCGACUGGUUGUUGCCCAAGUUUCCCACUAGGUCUACCACUACAACGACCAAGCCUGCAACCACGUCGACAAAACCUGCUACCACUUCAACGUCGAAACCUGUUACUACAGCUUCCCAGUCUGUAACUACAACAGCCACACCUGCUACUCCAACGAGUGCAACUGCAACUCCAACUGCAACGUCCACCUCGACCACCUUGUCCACCUCGACAACCUCAACAUCGACCUCGACCUCCACAUCGACUCCUACCCCAUCUACUUCCCCUGAUUUGGUUGCUGCGGUACCCUUUGGCCAAGUCAUCACAGACUGCACCGUAAGGAACACCGUUGCAAUCACCUUCGAUGAUGGUCCUUAUGCCUAUACCAACAAGCUACUGGAUAUCUUUGAUGCAAAUGGAGCCAAGGCAACGCUCUUUGUUAAUGGCCAGAACUUUGGAUCUAUCACAGACUACAGCUCUGUGGUGCUCCGUGCUUUUAACACCGGGCAUCAGAUUGCUUCUCAUACUUACAACCACGCUGAUCUCUCCACUCUUGAUCGCAAUGGCAUCAUCUCUCAAAUGACGAAGCUUGAUGAUGUUCUCGCUACCAUGACCAAUGGAUACCGCCCAACUUAUAUGCGCGUGCCCUACUUUGCAUACAGCUCCUUGGUUCUGCAGACUAUGACCGACCUUAAGUACCAUGUUAUCGGCGCUGAUAUUGACACCAAGGACUAUGAGCACGAUACUCCUGAUGGUGUUAGUAUCAGUAUUCAAAACUUUAAGGACGGCCUAGACGCAGGCGGCAGCAUUGCACUGGCUCACGAUGUCCACCAGACCACUGUUGACCUCCUCAUCCAAAAGAUGCUGGACGAGUUGAAACGAAGAGGCUUGAAAGCUGUUACUGUUGGAGAAUGCUUGGGCGACCCACGGGCAAACUGGUACCGCACUACCCCUGUGCAGACGCCUACGCCCACUCCCACGCCCACUCCUACUCCCACUCCAACCACCAGCCCGACGUCAACUCCCACCAAGCCUGGAGUGCCUGCACCAGCGCCCACGCAGGCAGGUGUGAAUCCAAACUGUCAGAAAUGGCACACCGUUGUGAGCGGAGAUACCUGCUGGGACAUCUCCGUGACCAACGGUAUCUCGCUGGAUAAUUUGUAUAAAUGGAACCCAGCAGUUGGCACAAGCUGUCAAAGCCUCUGGCUUGGAUAUGCAGUGUGCGUUGGUGUUUAA